AUGGCUGCCCUACGAUAUCUGGUGCUGAAACGAAGUGCGACAUCGACAUCGAAAAUACCGAUUGUUAAUACUUUCAAAGCCGCAUUUAUCGCAAUUAUUGCGGCUAUCAUUAUUUCACUCCUUGGUUCUCUGCCAAAUAUGUUAAGAUAUCAGAUCCGUGAUAGCGGUUACCUGAAUGUUCCAACAUAUUGUACAUCAAAUCAAUCAGCAUAUUCGCACUAUUAUGUGGAUAAUCCCAAAGUUCAUGCAUAUAAUAUUGCUCAGCCAUUAUGGUGGACCUGUCGCUGGGAAAGGUUUAAUUUCUGGGCUGCUGGUUUGGUGCUAAAAUUGGUACCGUGUUUGAUGUUGACAAUAUUUAUGACAUUGCUGGUACGUAUGCUAAUUGAAGCCCGCGAACGACGUACUCGCUUAUGUCGCGGUCACACGGGUGGUAAAUCUCAGGCAGAACGUACCACUACUAUGUUAACUGCUAUUGUCGCUGUCUUCUUGGUUACAGAAUUACCGCAAGGAAUUCUUGUUUUUGCUAUAGGUUUAAAACCAGGUAUUCGAUAUGCGAUGCAAUAUCUUGGUGAUUUUAUUGAUGUACUAUCAUUGAUAAAUAGCAGCUUCAAUUUCAUUUUAUGUGCCUUAAUGAGUGAUGUGUUUAGGCGAGAAUUUUUGUUAACCUUUGGUUCCUGCUGUCCAAAAUUCAGUGAAAAUAUCAACAGUAUUGGUUCCAGGACAUUAACGAUGACACAUAGAAUUACACAAUCACAACGAAAGGAACUCAUGGCCGUCGUCAAAUGUUCUGAUGAAAUAAAUGAUAAUAACAAUGUCUACUUAUGA